CUCGCACUACCAAAUGCCAAUCACGUGUUGCUAAGAAAGUAAGAACAGAGACCGGAAAGAGAGAAGAAGAAGAAAAGAGAGAGAGAGAGAGAGAAGAGAGAGGACCGAAACGAGCCGCGUUUGACGGUGCCCCCUAUUGUGUGCGAGUCGUGUCGCCGAAAGCUUAAAACAGCUCAUCAGCGGCCCCCUGGUUCAACUUCAAUUGGAACUGUGUCUGUGAGACGUCGCUUUCAUUAAUUUAUCCUCUCUGUGACUAUCUAUCUAUCUAAAUACCUAUCAAUCUAUCAUCUUUCUCUCUAUUUCUCUCUCCGGUGUUGCCGUCAUCGUUGUCGUCGGUGGGUCAAUGAUAGAAGAGAGAACAGUGUAUGAUCGACGGAGAAAGCUUCACUGGAAUUAGGAAAGUUAGGGUUUUUAACUUGUUGGGUUCAGCUUCAAUUAUUUAAUGGAAGGUAGAGAAUUCUCCCUUUCUGGUUCAUGCAUGCCUAGUUCAGGGCUGAAAGAUACGAGCUUGAACCAUUCGGACAUCAACGGACACGAGCCGAUUCAGAAAGUUGACAAUACAGUUCUUAUGGACCCUCCGGCUGCGGCGGGGGAGGCAGAUGGUGUGGUUAACGGAGGAGGGGAAGAGGGUUCUGGUUCGAAACCUGUGUUGGAACAGGAAAAAACCAUGGAAAUCGGUGGAGGGAAGAGGCGGGGUCGUCCGCGGAGGGAUCAGCCAAGAAUGCCGCAGGUGAAGAAGGUAAAAGAUGAAGAAGAUGUUUGUUUCAUAUGCUAUGAUGGAGGGAGCUUAGUGUUGUGCGAUCGCAGAGGAUGUCCAAAGGCAUAUCAUCCGGUAUGCGUUAAGCAUGAUGACACCUACUUUAGAGCAAAGUCUAAAUGGAACUGUGGUUGGCACAUAUGUAGUACCUGUGAAAAGCCUGCCCAUUAUAUGUGCUACACUUGCACUUAUUCACUGUGCAAGAACUGCUCUAAAGGUGUUGAUUUUUUGUGUGUACGAGAAAACAAAGGUUUUUGUUCAUUGUGCAUUAGAACGAUAAUGCUCAUAGAAAACAAGGAUCAAAGAGAAAUGGAUAAAAUAGAUUUUGAUGAUAAGACUAGUUGGGAGUAUUUGUUCAAGAUGUAUUGGCUUUAUAUAAAGGGGAAGGUAUCUCUAUCUAUGGAUGAGAUAACAAAAGCUAAAAAUCUUCUAAAAGCAUCUGGGAGUUCUGCUCGUAAAGGAAAAGAUUUGGUUGCUGUUAACGGAAGUAACGAUAUUUUGGAUGCUCAUUACGAGUGCAAGGACCUAGUAGUAAAUCGUUUGAGAAGUAAACGGGGCCAGAAAAUGAAGUUAUCCCAUUGCACUAGUUCCCCUGUCAUAAGUAAGCCAAUUAGUACUGAUUUUACUGAUUUAUGUGCAUCUGUAGUUGGAUGCGCAAAAUGGGCAUCUAAAGAACUUUUGGCAUUUGUUGCUCAUGUAAAGAACGGGGAUGAGUCUGAGAUUUCUCCACCUGAUGCACAAGUUCUUUUACUAGACUAUGUGCAGAGAAACGACCUAUGUGAUCCAAACCAGACAAGUCAGAUCAUUUGUGAUACAAGACUUGCCAAGCUAUUUGGUAAACCACGUGUGGGACACUUCGAGAUGCUUAAACUUCUCGAGUUCCACUUCCCUAUGAAGGAUGACUCCCCAAAAGUUGUUUCUCAGUGCAACAUAACCCCCGUAAUUGUGAGCGAGGCAGAGGGUAAUGGUAAUAAUGACUUAUAUUUAAGGAGUAAUGAUAAAAAACGUAAGAGUUGCACUGACCUAAGUGAAUAUGCUGCAAUUGAUGUGCAUAACAUCAACUUGAUUUACUUGCGCCGCCAUUUGCUGGAAAAUCUAGUUAACGACAUUAAUAAGUUUCAUGAGAAGGUUGUGGGCUCAAUUGUGCGAAUAAGUUUUUCAUGCGGUGAUCAGAAACAAGAGAGGUUUGGACUUGUACAAGUGAUAGGUACAUGUAAGGUGCCUAUACCAUAUAAAAUUGGUGAAAAUGAGAAAACAGUAGAUGUUGUCCUUGAGAUAUUUAAUAUGGAUAAAAAGGAAACUAUUUCAAUAGAUACUGUUUCAAAUGAAAAAUUCUCUGAGGAGGAAUGCAGAAGUUUAAAGGAAAGUAUAAAAUGUGGGCUUGUCAAGCACUUGACUGUAGGUUUUAUCCAGGAGAAAGCGAAAGCACUUAGAGAAGUUAUAGUGAAUGAUUGUCUGGAAGCAGAAGUACUACAACUUAAUCGUCUCCGGGAUGUUGCCAAUGAGAAUGGGCAUGAAAAUAUGCUUAGGGAAUAUGUGGAGAGGCUAGAGCUCCUGAAGUCACCUGAAGAAAUCGAACGCAGACUAAAAGUGGCUCCUGAAGUGCACAUUGAUCCGAGUCUGAAUCAGAGCAAUAAAUCUUUCAAAAAUGCUGAAGAAAUUGAUGAAAAGAGAGAAGUUAAACACCUGAAAAUAGAGCAUUCAGUACCGAACAAGAAUGAGAAUGAAACAAUUCCAUCAGUGAUUGCUGAAGGGUCAAGCAAGUCUACUCCUACAAGUGUCACUCAAGGAUUGGAUAAUGCUACAAGGGUGGUUGACUCUUCCGGUUCAGCAGUUGGCGGUUGCAACAGUCCAGCUGUCAUCAGUUCAGCAUCUUUUUCAGGCGUCGCAUCAGAGAAUUCCACCGGAAGCCCACCACUCUCGAACACAAACGAAAAUGAAAACUUCUGGCGUUAUCGCGAUUCAAAGGGAAAACUACAAGGACCAUUCUGUUUAUCUCAGCUUCGUAAAUGGUACACAAGCGGAUUACUCCCUUCAGAUAUGAAAACCUGGAGUAUAUACGACGAUGAACACGACUCGUUACUACUAACAGAUGUCCUAAAAGGACAACAAUCCCGGAAACUAUCAUCUCGACAGUCGAGCAUCUCUUUACCCUCUCAAGGUGUAUCCGAAAAUAGUGGUCUGACUUUGACCUCAGCUGUGUUAGAUAAGUCGCCCACUUAUAAGUGCGUUGAUAUAAACAAGACGAGUUCACCUAAUAUCCAUUCCGACCCAACAUUAACUGCAACUAUCAUUCCAGCCAUGGAAGUUUUCUCGGGUGAACUAGACCUGAACUCUUCAUUCAGUCCGACGACGAAUUCUGAAAACAAAGUCCAAAUCGAAGAAUUUGAAUUCCAAAAUCCGCCAGGAAACCAACCAGAUAUCGAAGAACUAGAUAACAAUACACUCAUGGUUCCUACAUCCGACGUUAACAGUUGGCUGGAAAUGUUAACCGAGCCUAUCGAGUUCAACACUUUGGACGAAGAGUCGGUUUCGGACCUACUGGAUCAAGUCGACGCUAUGGAGUCUCGGGGUGGUAUGGAUUUUCCAUCGGCAUCCAUGAACAACAACGUGGAUUACUUGUUCGAGGAUUUGAGCUCUCAACCCGAUUCUGGGAAAGGUGAUCCAGAAUUAUCGAGAAACAACAAGGCAGAGGGAUUUAUGAAUCCUCCUCCAUGGAUUCAAUCGGUUGGACAUGAUCAGAGAUCAUCCUCGUCGGUGGUGGUGAAAGUUUGUGAAUUUUAUGCGAGUGGGAAAUGCAUGAAGGGAGCUUUCUGUGAAUACCUUCAUCAAUGAGAAGAUAAAAGAGUUAUUAGCUAUUAAUAAGGGCAGCUAGCAUAGAGUAGAUUUACCCAGAGCCUUUCAUAAGUUGGAAAGGAUGAUACCUACCUGAUGUUUAUAAUAGAAGAACAACUUUUGGCCCUGUAAUCAAUCUGUCUACUGACCAAACUAUUGAUACAAUUCUGGAUUAGAUCAUUUUUUCUUUUAGAUAUUACAGUUUUUUUGGUA